CCCGCCUCCCUCAGUCACAGCAUCGUCUCUGGAGCUCAGCUCAGCAUCUUCAGAUCGUCCUCGCCUGCUCCACACAAAGAGCUGCAGUCAUGAAUGUAGGAAUCUGUGUGUGCGUUCUCCUGGCUGCUUUAUCCAGCGGUUCCCUCAGUCUGCCUUCACCGUCCGUGAGAGCCGAGGGGAAGCCUCCCGCCGCCGACAGCCUACAGCCGUCCCCUUCACUCAACCACACACGCCAGACCCGCUCGGCUCCGGCGCCGCCCUCAGGCCAGUUUUCCAGCUACAGCCAGGACGUGGACGGUCCACACAGACUGAGCCAGCUCCUGGCCAGAAUCAUCUCCAGGAAAGGCUCUCCCUUCCAGGCCAGGUCGUCUCUCAGCAGCAGAUCGAGCGGCCUCCCUCCCAGCCACAGGAUAACUGACAGAGACUACAUGGGCUGGAUGGACUUUGGACGCCGCAGUGCAGAGGAGUACGAAUACUCCUCCUAAAGCCACGGUGUGCUUUCCACUUUAAAACCUAAAUUACAAAUCCAAAUAAAAGCAAAA